GCGAACGAAGAGGCGAGGUCUUCAGCUAUUGGUCGAUCAUCGGUUCUGCACUGGCUUAGCAGCCCGCCUCGCGAUAUAACAGCGCGAAGCUCUUCACCGAAAUGUAUGAAACUAAAAUGUGUGUUAAGAACAAACGUUGAAAGGAAGGAAAAAAAUCUACGUCGUUGCGUUUUUUAAAAAUAACCAAAAAAGUCAUCCCGAUAUUUGUAAAUAUAGAAACUUUAUUUGUGUGGGAACUGAACAUAUAUAAAUACUGUGACGAGAAGUGGACGUUUCACUACUAACCUGAAACACUGAGCUAACUUCCAUUUAGAGUUUGUGGAUACACUGUAAAGUUUUGAUGAUAAACAACAAAAACUGAUAUAGAGUUUCGGACAUCUACAACAAUAAUAAUAAUACGUUAGAGGUAAAACAUACAAUUGAUUGUGCGGUUUUACCUUUCUUCUGGAUAUCGACCAUACAAAAAAAAUUAAAGGCUGUUACAAGUUUAACCAAGGCAAGUGUCAAGUUCGGAUUACUUCCAUAAUUGCUAGGUUCUUGCUUUGGAAUAAUUUUUAAAAAGCUGAAUUCAGUUGUGUGGAUUACUUAUAAUUAUUUUCACUUGUGAACUUUUGUGAUCAUUGAAUUACCGAAGAAAAAAUAUCGUACACAUCAUUUAUGAUCAGUUCACAGCAGGGCCUUCUUCCGAAAGCGACCUUUUAAUAUAUUUUUGUUACCCUUAUUUUGUUUCUUUGCGUUCAGAUGCCUUGCCUAGAAGCCCAUAUUAUGUCCAACUCAGACCUUGGAGAUUACUGCUGCCCAGACAGGCUUCGGGAUGAAAUAAGCAAGAAUGCCAAAAAUGUACUGAUUAUCGACUGCCGGUCCCAGUCUGACUAUUCACGUUCGUACGUCAGAGGGGCCAUCAACAUCACACUGCCGUCUCUGAUGCUCAAACGGUUAAAACGUGGAAACCUCAACAUUUCUUCUGUUAUUCAAAACAACGAGGCGAAGGAGCGGUUCUCGAAAUAUUCGAAAACGGCCACAAUAAUCUUGUACGAUGAUUGCUCUACGGAUCUAAACGCCAACCCAUCGUCCGUCAUAAACCUGUUGGUGAAAAAAUUGAGGCAAGAUGGCUGCCGGGCGUCCUUCCUACUAGGUAAGCUCAAUCGAAAUUACGAUUACUUGUUGAUGUUUAUUUUGAUUGUGAGUGAUUUUUAUGACCCUCGGUUAAAAAUUUAGCCUUCUUUAUUUAUAAUUAGUUUAGAAAUAAUUUCGUAGGCCUAAAUUAUUAAAUUAAGAGGGUUUAUCUGUAGGCUUCACCUAUAACCUGAUGAUGCCGAUGAGUAUAUGAAUAUGAAAUAUGCCUUAACUUACUAACUAUGACCAUGGAUAAUAAUAAUGUAGUAGGCCUAUAUAUAAUAAUAUAGAAGACUAAUAUUUAUUCAUUGCGUUUUAUGAUGUUCAAUUAGAUGACUAAAUAAACAUUUUUCAUCGAGCUACCUUAAAUUAAAAUUUUGUCAUUAAAAGUCAACCUGAAUGAAUAAAAGAAAAGGCCAACUGCAAGCUUGCUUUUUUUGUUUUUUGUGCUUGAGUUAAUUAUUAAUAUGAGAACAAUUUUUCAUUUCCACAGGUGGUUUCUCCACAUUUGAGGAGAGAUUCCCUGAGUACUGCCAACACCAGGAGCACGACACCAACAUCAUGGGUCUGUGCAACCUCAGGAUAUCAGAAGAGCCAUCCUUCGGUGACGGUGACACCCAUUCCACAUGCAGCACAGCCAGCCCCAUUUCAUGCCCUUUCCCCGUCCCGGUCCUCCCCUACCUCUACCUCGGCAGCGCCAAGAACUCUGCUGAUCUGUCCCAGCUUAAAAAGUAUGGGAUCACCUACAUCCUCAAUGUCACCACAAAUGUGCCCAACAUGUUCGAGAAUGAGAAGAACUUCAAGUACCUACAGAUACCCAUCUCUGACCACUGGUCUCAGAAUUUAUCAUCGUUCUUCCCGCAGGCGAUAACAUUUAUUGGUGAGUAGACCCCACUUCCUGAAAAUAGAUAAUUGAGCCUAAGAUUUUAAGAAAUGGAAAGCCUCUAUUUUAUAGUUUCACAUGUAAUCCCUGCCCCAAACAUUUCAAAGGUCCGAUCUUUGUUUAUUGGUUCUUUUCCAUCAAUCUAAUCAUAAAUAUGUCAGUGGGCCUUUUAGUGCUACAUCUUCAUAUUGCUAUCACAAUGCUAAUAAUUGCUACUGAUGCUUUAUUGUAAAAAAAUAUUUGACAAGUUGUGAUCUGUCUUAGUUACUUUUACGUAUGAAAAAAAAAAUAUUUUGAGUAUCUGUAUGCUUCAGCAGCCUGUUAUUAUAGUUUUUCAAAAAGCAAAAAUUGCAGAAAUUCCCUGGUCUAAUUUAAAAUCUUUUUUAAACAAGAUGAACCUGCUUCAGCACAAGCCGUUAAAUGGGUGUAUGUAAAUAAAAGACUUAAAUAUUUAAAGGACAUACAUAUAGAAAGGGCUUUUCUUUUGUGCCAAAAUGAAGUAAAAUUCAAAGAUAGUUCUAAUAUUAGUAAAGUGGAAGAGAGGGUUGAAGCUAGGAAAUGUAAACGCAGCCUCUCCAGUGCCUAGAGCUGAGGAGAUCUGAUAGGAUUGAUAAGUUGUCUGGAGCCAAGAGUGGGGAAGAUAAUGAGGUUUAUAUUCAAGGAGGGUUAAGCGUGGCAGUGCUAUCAUUGUGUCUCUAGGCUGGUGUGUGUUUCUCUUUAAUUUAAAAUUUAAAAAAAAUACAUUACAUCUUAAAUCUAAAGGAAUAGGUUUGUUUAUUCUGUUAUGAGAGAAAGGGUCAGAUGAGGGUGAAACUAGAAUGUCUUCACUGGGCAUUUUUUUUUAACUGAGCUGUGUGUGUGGUUUGGGGGGGGGGUAUUUCUUGGUGUACUAGUUAAAGACAGUUAAUACUCAUUUGUUAUGAUUUAAUAGUCACAAUUGUUUGAUAAAGGUUCUAGUUAAAUUGUUACACAAUUACUACAUACGCCAGUGUUGGUCACUUGUCACAAAAUCAAUUUAAAGAAAUAAUGAAGUUCUAUUCAUCACAUAUAAUAAUAAUAAUAAUAAAGUUCAUUUCAAAAACUGUCAUAGUGGACACAGGAAGAAAUGUAAUAUGUUUAUAAUGUUAUCGCGAAGCAUUUUAGCCACUGGGCCAAAGAGAUAAACUCAGUAGUAGUGAUCUGGCCCAUUUUAAUUCUUUACUUAGGUUAUUUUUCCAGCUUUUUUGGGUUGGAAGGAGAGUGGGGGAGAAUUUAUUAAAACAGCAUCCAAGAAACUACAAUAUACUUCGUGGGGGGAGGGGGCAGGGGUAUUUUUAUAGAAUGUAGUAACGUGUUCCGGAGGUACCAGAAAUAAUUUCAGACUAAGGGAAGGCAGUGAGCCAGGCGCUAGAGGAAUUGGUUUUGUAGAUACUUAGAUAGCGGACGUCACAUCCGGUCUUACUUAAGUGGAUUAGGCAUUGCUUUUUUCUUUUGUUUGUUUUUUUUGGGGUUAAAGUUAGGCUUUUGAUGUACGUUUGCUGUGGAGGAUAAUAUUAUUGUUUUAUUUUUUGCUUCCCCAUCAGUUUCCCUACAUUUUAUUAGCAUGGGUGAACUCGUAUGUUCUUUAAAAAUAUAUAUAUAAAAAAAAUAUUAAAAAAUAUAUAUUACACCCAACAAUUCAAUAGCGCGGACAUAACUUAAAUAUAAGUAUACUAUAUAAAUAUAAUAUUUAGUUGCAGGCCCUUAGGUUUUGUGUAAGUACGAAAAGGUAAAGCAAUAGUUUUACUGAUAAGGAAACUUUAAGAAAGCUCAAUAAUACUAGAUACCCCUUUUAUAGGGUACAAACCUUUAUAUAUAACGAUUAGCUGGCGUGUGUGUGUACUAUGGUUGGGUGAGGGGAAAUACAAUAAAUGCAUGGGUUGUGAAGAGCAGAAUCUUCUUGUGAUGUUUUCAUGACCUUUCACUUUGACCCGUGACAUUUCACUUGUGAGGACUGGGGGAGGAUGGUUCAGGAGCGGGGGGGGGGGGGGGGUGGGUGGGGGGGGGGGGGGGGGGGGGGCGGUUCAGAGCGUUGAAUGAAAUUUGACACCCCUUUGACGCCCUUCUUGUACACUGCUUUACUCAACUGUUAAGCCUUUGUUGUGCAAGGUGUCAUUAGUAGAACUGCUAAGCCAACGCUUAAUUGUUUCAAGCUUAGUGCUCGUGUAAUCCAAAGUAGUGGAUGCUUUCAUCCUUAGAUUGUCGGCCACCUUGCAUAAUUUAUUUUUAUAUGGGUGUGUUUUUCUCGGUAGAUAAAAAUGUGAAACACGUUUUUGUUUCAAACUUGAAAAUGUCGAACCCCAACUGAGACCGUUAGAAAACGUGUCUGGAAGUGACACCUCAGGGUGCCUUCGCACUAGUUGUCGCACUAAUUGUCCACUACAAAGUUGUAAAGAUAAUACUUAGCACCGUUUUAUCCCCACCGGGAGUACCCAUCGUCAGCGUCGGGCCCACACAGCUAGAGAUCACGCUACGAACUUGUGACAGGAAGGCCAUUCAGCCCCCCGUCAGAGCAGACUUGCGUGUAAUACACGGUUAAAAUGCCACUGGGUGGUGGUCUGGGGAAAAUCAUGGUAAGGGGGGGGGGGACAUGACGCCCGAUAUAGGGAGGCGAUAGUUAAAACGUACGAUUAAGUUCUUGAAAACUUAAACAGAAAUCGAAUUUCGUGACGUGCGCGCGAGGUGAGGUGAAGAACACCGUGGCAAAAAAUAGUCCGGUAAUCACAGAAAAGUAAACACACGUGAUCGAUCAGUUGAACUUUGGCCAGCAGAUUUUCGUGUAAUAGAACUUAAAAUAAUUUGCUCUCGGAUUAUUCAACUAAGUGUUUCUACUGAAGAAAUAGUUCACCUGAAGAAAUAGUUCACCUGAAGAAAUUGAAGAAAUAGUACACCUGAAGAAAUAGUACACCUGAUGUAUGGUGUGAUUUUAAAAAAAUGCAAUUUGACCGUGCUGUGUGGUAUUGAGAAUUUCUAAUAUGAACUAUUUUAAAAUUUACCCACCCCGCCCCUUUUUUUUCUUAUAUUAAAAUAAUUAUUCCUAACACUACCCCCCACCCCCCAACCACUGUUUCCUCCCACCUGUUUUGGGAGGUAAUUAAAUAAAGGAAUCAUGUUUCUUUUGGUGUUUGUAGCAUACGUUUUACAAAAAUUACCUGCUAUUUCUAGCCAUGGCUGCAGUAUCUAUAUCUAUUUAAUUAUUUUGCUGACGCCUUCCCCAUUCUUAUGUUCCUCAGAUGAGGCCAGAAAUAACCAGAAGGGAAUCCUGGUCCAUUGCCUGGCCGGCAUCAGCCGGUCUGUGACUGUCACUGUGGCCUACCUCAUGAGCCGUGAGAGCAUGACCCUGAACGAGGCCUACGAUCAUGUCAAAAAGUGCAAGCCCAACAUCUCCCCCAACUUUACGUUCAUGGGGCAGCUGCUGGACUUUGAGAAAGACUUGAACAGUAGUGAUAAGGCAAACGACUCUGGUGAUGAAAGCCUGACCAGCGACUGUGAGAAACUAAGUCCGACCAGCAGCAACUGCAGCCCUAUUUGAUCGAAAGUUGUUCUUUUUAUUUAAAAAAAAAAAAAAAACUAACUAAAAAAGUGUGACAGUACAUCGGGUACAUUAAGUCCAGUACAAUGUCUACUGCAAGCCCUUGUAGGAUUUUUUUCUUACACUCUGAACACUUGUCAAGACCAGGAAUUUAUUUGUGGAUUCCUUUCAAUUAUAGCAGCAAAGCGCAUAUUUGUUUAUUAUAAAAAAAAACAUGAUGUUUUUAUUUGUAAGAGGUACUUUUUGUUACUAUUUCUACUGUAAUUUUUUAAAACUUUUAAAUUUCAUUGUUGAAAAAGCAUUCAGUUGACAAAUCAAAAAUUUGCCUGUCAUAAUGCCUGAUAUGUCAGUGAUCAAUGCAUCACUGCAGUUCUUGUUGAUGUAACAUUUUCAUGAUUAUAGAUCAUUGUAUUACACCAGAGUGUGCCGGGUAGAAUCCUGCAAUCCAAGCUACAGACUCAAACUAGUUGGCCAGUUGUCAAUCUUGGCCAUCUAAGGUUGAGGCUUAUGAGGUCACAGGUGGUAAAAACACACUUAAACCCCCCAUUAGUGACCCUAAUUAGCCAUAGGUGGAACCAAUACACUUGACCACCCUAAGCAAACCCAUUGUUGGUUGCUAAAUCGGCUGCUACCAGCUGCACAGGGCUACAAGCACCACAGUAAGGUCAGUUCAUACAGCGUUUGCUAAGACACUGUUUGACCAUUCUCAGCCAGACAUCUUUAUGGCAUCGGGGGUUUCUCCCAUGCUGUUGUCUAUCCUCGAGUUAUCAAUUUGCUUAUCCACUUGUUAACCUGAGCCUAAUCAGCAUAAAGUAUCUGGUCUUCCAAAAGUUUUAUACUUAUAAAUAUAUACAUAUAUAUAUAUAUAUAUAUAUAAUUUUAGAUACAAUUUUGUAACUGUCUAUUACAUUUUCUUUAUAAGGCUUUUGUUGUCUACUCUCUAAUAAAACUUUACCAAAGACUUCACUGAUUGACAAAAACAAUUUUUAUAAUUAUCUUGAAUGCUUUGUUAAAAUAGUUUUUUUGAAGACUUCGACACAGACAUAGAUUUAACAAAUUGUAUUGUUGUAUAACUGCUCUCGUUUUUGUAUACCCCGAACCAAACCCCCUUUAAAAAAAACAACAACACAAAAUUAAACUUUUGUGAGCUUUUGCUGUUUUUUCAAGUCUUUCAAUGAGAUGGGUAGGGAUACGCUGUUGUUAUAUGAACAUGUUGUUUAUGCUGAAUAUGAUAGCCCACUCCUUCAGAAGGCAGCUCUUUGUUUUCCUUAGAAUGUUUUCAAUGGUGUAAGUUUCAGGCAUCAUGGCAUCUUUUUUAAAAAAAAAAACAAUAACAAAAAUGAACUAUAACAUUUCUAGUUUCAACUGAGAAUAAAUAAGAAAUUUUGGCACAGCUGUUGAGAUCAAACACAUUGUAUAUUAAAUCAGAAUUUGUUGAAGCCCAACACCACGUUAUGUAACAUACAUUAAAGAGCAUACGAACAAAAUCCAAAUGGAAAAAAAAUUACAACACAAUGUUUUACAAAUUUUUGCCACAUAAAUGUGCCAUGAGCUUAUGAUGUUAUUAUGUAAUUACAACAUUUGAAUAUUUUUUUAAAGUAUGUUUUAGAAGUGAAAUAACAUUGAUUUUGCUGUUGCUUGUAAACUUGUAUAUAUGAUACUAGUUGUUUGGAAGAGUUGAAGAAGUAUAUUUCUUACCAAAAUCCUGUGAUCGAGAUUGCCUUGUGUUAAAAACAUAUUCUUUACUUGCCACUUCUUGUUAGCCUGCUCUUUUACCGUGCAAACUGGCACAAUUUGUAAAGCAAACUGGAUUAUUCUGAUUUGGGGGUACAUCGGAAGGCACCUCCACCAACAUUGUACUUCUUCAAUCAAUAUCUGUAUAUAGUUAGUACGAAAAUUAUUGUUUCGAAGUAAUUAUUUAUUUGAAAGUCUUGGUAAAAUUAUUCAAGUUGAACAUGAUUGAAUUAUUUUUUUUGACUUUGAAGUCAGUCUGCAGGACCUGAAAAUUAUUUUCGGAAUUAACUUUGGUCUUUCUUAGAGCCCGUUUUUUUGUUUGUUUGUUUGUGUGUUUUACCAAAGAAAGGUGAAAAUGGGAUUGCUAUAAGAAUGCUCUUGUGUUAGAACAAUUGCUUGUGAUAAAGACGAGAAGCUUGUACACUUUGAUUACAUUGUUGCUACACACAUGCUCUUUAGGAGCUCAGUCCACUGCCAUAGUAGCAAUGUAAAUAUUUUCUUAUUUGAACCAUUUAUAUCAUCCAUGUUAUCCCCAGGUCCUUAAACACACCCCCCCCCUCCCCUCCCCUCUACACAUUAUUAUAGAUGUGAGGUUAUCACUUAACUAGAUCAAAAUAUCCCUCAGCAGAAUUGAUAACUUGUGACUAUUUUGUCUAGAAUAUUUCUAUUGGAUUGAAUUAUUAAUUUUUGUUUCUUUUACUGUUGUCGUUAUUAAAUCUUAAAAUUAGUUUAACAAAUUAUAUAUUUUGUUAUUUUUUUAUAAAUACUUGUUUUCAGACAAUGACAACACAUCAUUAGCAGAGAUUACUACAUUGAGCAUCAAUCUCCUGCAGCAUCAAAAUAUGCCAUGUAAAAUAAAAAAUAAAAAAAACACGCACAUUCAUAUUAAUUAAUAGAUCAACACAGAUGUUAACUCAUCAAUCAUUCAAGAAGCAGACACUUUUAAACACAUCGUACACAUACAAGGUGCAUGCUAGCUGACUACAAGCUGCAUGUUGACAAAGGAGUCCAAACUAUUCCUUUGAGUUCUAGUCGCCUGGAAACAGCUGUACUCUCAUUGUUGUUUGGUUUCCAUAGUUACAUGUAAUCCUCUUAGUUAGCUUAUUUUUUAUGACAAAUGUAUCAUCCAUAUUAUGUGUAUAACUAUAACAUGUUGAUAAAUUUUGGAUAUUUUUUUUUGAAAAAUUUAAAAUAAAAAAAAAACACGAAUUUUUCGUUGUAAUUUUUUUAAAAUUAUUUUAAUCCCGCCAAUCACAUAGCAGAUAGAUAAAUUAGGAAAUUUGUCAUUGUGUUAUAUAUUCUUAGUUUUUUAUACAUUUAUAACGUUUUUAGUGGUAGUCUUACUGGCUUUGUGUUACUAUAGAAUUGAUUGUUUUAUUAUGGUGGGGGCUGUUAUUUUGUCCAUCCCUUGAUGGGCUAACCCACCCUCACCUUGGUGGCUACUUCCCCCUUAGUUUCCCAGUUCCUUAGCUUAGCCAUCACCUCACCCUCAUGGUCAAUAACUCCCUGUCCCACCAACUCCCCACCCCACCCCCAUCUUAAAAUCAUCCAUGCAGCACACCUGUUAGUGACCAAAGAAGUAUUUGAAGUUUGUAUGAUCAGCAUCAAGGGCUUCCAUAGAAAGUUUCAGGGUGUUUGUUCUCUACACCUUAUUAAAGGGAAAUAAAUUAUUAAAGGGAAAUAAAUCAAGACUAUGUUUGUUAAUGAACAAUUUUUUUAUUUAUUUUUUUAAAAAUUCAUUAAAGUACCUGGGUAACCCAAAAUUUUGGUUUUAAAAUUCAUUAAAGUACCUGGGUAACCCAAAAUUUUGGUACAUCAAAAUGGUUAACUUUGUGGUAUGUUUAAAAAAACAUAUUUUUUUGUAUGUUGACACUUCUUGGUCCACUAAAUUUGCACUUGAUAAAAGUUGUAUCUCACUGUACAUAAGGUUUCAAUUAGCCAUGGUAUACCUCGUCCUUAAAUGAUGUCAUGUAUUACGAUGUUAUGUGAAAUGUUUAUGAAAAUAAUGUACUGCUUUAGUACUGAAGAUAUAAAAGAAUUUUAUUG